AUGAGUGCCAAUAAAUCGAUUGCAUUAAGCACUACUCAAUUGAAAACAAUCGUAGAUACCAUUACUAAGUUCUACCCAGCCCAUUAUGCGGAUAAGGCUUGGGACAAUACGGGUCUCCUUAUUAACAGUAGCUCUGACAUGGCACCAGCCGUUAAAAAAGUACAGGUUCUUCUCACGGUCGACUUGACUACAGCUGUUGCUCAAGAGGCUAUCAGGAAAAAAUGUGGUUUGAUCCUGGCGUAUCACCCUUUCAUUUUCCCCAGUUGGAAAUCUAUUAACCCCUGCAAGAAUCCACAACAUCGCAGUGCCAUUGAUUUGAUUCAAAAUGGUAUAUCUGUAUACUCUCCACAUACUGCUGUAGAUGCUGCUAAGGAUGGGGUUAAUGAUUGGUUAGCCUAUGGGUUAGUCAACUAUGAUAGCUCCAUAAUCGAAUCCAAUGUCGCUAUUGAAGCCGUGGCGGGGACAGAAGGUGAAGACGAUGGUGAGGUAGGAUAUGGUCGUGUGGUCACUUUGAAGCAGGAACUGCCAUUCAGGGCAAUUAUUGCAAACGUUCAAAAAUCAUUGGGAUUACAGCAUGCUCAGGUGAGUAUUCUGAAUAAAAACUUUGAUAAAAAGAUUAAGAAAAUAGCGUUAUGUGCAGGUAGUGGGUCUGGCGUGUUCAAGGAGGUAUCAGAGGAUGUAGAUCUUUACUACACGGGUGAAUUAUCCCAUCAUGAGAUCCUCAGGUACAAGGAACUGGGCAAGGCAGUCAUCGUAUGUAACCACUCCAACACAGAACGUGGUUACUUAAGAGUUAUGCGGGAUAGAUUAAUGAACGAAAAUCCUGAGACGGAGUGGAUCGUCAGUGAAGAAGAUGAGGAUCCAUUGCAAACGGUCUCUGCCCAAGAUUUUAGAUAA